CUGGUAUAUUCAAUGCUUGGGCUGAUCGAAUUCUAUCUUUCUCCGCUGUUGUCUCAGCCUGUUGAAUAUGCUCAUACCAUGUUGACCUCGAAACAUUAUGUGGCCGGCCAAAAUUGUGCUUGCUACAGACGCAUAUGAAUUUGGCCGAACUUGAGUUUGAUGGUAACAUUGAGAAAGUUGCAAUGGUUGCACGUUUGCAAUGCGCGUUUGCAAAGUAUUUACGAUGACGAUGCAAAAACGUUGCAAUGAUGCACAGCGUUCGUGCAACUGCAACGCGCUGCACUCGAAGAAUGUCGUUCUCGACAGAAAGAAGCAGAUUUCGGCACAGUACUAAUAUGGUAAUUCACAUCUCAGCCUAUACGGCCCUAUCUGGGCACAGCCAGUUCUCACUGGGUCUAAUCAUUGAUCUAAUGUUGGUUUUCGGACACAGUGUAAAGUAUUGUCCCAAGCCUCCACCCCACCUUGUCGAGUCCGAUGCAACUUGUGCAUUCAAGCCAAGCCCCAACUAUGUCAUGUCGGGCCUCACUCAAACUGGAUCAAGCAUCACUCAUACCAGUACAAGUUCUCCCCAACAUCUUCGCAACCUCUGUACUAAUGUCAACCUCCACAAUUUCCUAUGUCGCGUAAAACCCCACCUCGGUGCGCGUCAGCACUCUUUAACUAGUCUCCUUUCGUUUCCUGCUAUGACCACUCAGCUUAUCUUCCGGCCUCUGUGCAAGCCACUCCGAGUCAAGCCUCGCCUUCGCCUUGACUCGGUGCACUGCCACCGCAAUCGAGCUUCGUGCAGGCUGCGGGACUCGACAGUUGUCUUCAGACUUCGCAUUCACACUGUCAUAUAUCCAGCUUCCGCUCAUCACUUCUGGAUAUGCAACUACAUAGCCCCUCUAUUAAAACGGUCAAGUAGGUUGGGCUUAGUGGAAUGAUCUCUGGCCUAGUCUUCGGGGAUUAUGACAAGGUCGAAGGCAAAUUAUCCUACAUCCCAACUGCUCGCAAAACGGUCG